UCCCAGAAGCCAUUAGCUAAUUAUUGCUGCCCCGUUGCGCUUCCGGUCCCACGAAUCCGUGUCGUCUCUUCCGCUCACCUCUCGCAGGAAUAACAUCGAGGAACUUCCGUGCAAUUCACGUCUUCCUGCAUCCUAGAGAGAGAGAGAGAGAGAGAGAGAGAGAGAGAAAGAGAGGGAGGGAAUUGGUCAUUGUUAAUGGAGUCGCCCCCGGAGAACGACUGCUGCUCGGUGUGCCAUGACGACUUCAACGUCCCGUGCCAGGCCAAUUGCUCCCAUUGGUUCUGCGGACAGUGCAUUCUGAAUGUGUGGCAUCAUGGGUCUCCUCUUCAGCCCUGCAAAUGCCCCAUAUGCCGCCGCUUUAUAACUCUGCUGAUACCUACUGAUGCUGCACGACAUGAGCGCCGGGAUCCAGAUUCUAUUCGAGUUUUGGAAAACAUUGCUCAGUACAAUCGAAGAUAUGGUGGAGGUCCAAGUAGCCUUAUUCAGAGGUUGUGGGAUCUUCCAUUUUUCAUUCGAAGGUUAUUUAGAGAACUGAUGGAUCCUCAGAGGACACUUCCACUGGUCUUCAGGGCGCGAAUGAUUUUUGCAAUGGUGCUUAGUGCAAUAUACGUUCUGAGCCCUGUCGACAUUCUUCCGGAAGGUGUAUUAGGCCUAGUGGGCUUGUUGGAUGAUCUGAUUAUUUUGCUCGUUGUUUUCCUCCACCUUGCCGCUAUUUACCGGUCGUUGCUUCUUUACCGGCACGGUGGUACUUGAUAUUCAAAUUCUCCAAUCAUCUGCUGACUUUUAUGUUGUUUGCCCUUGCUGUAUUUUACAUUCUCCAGAUCACCACUUGGAAAGUUUGUGUUCAAAGCUGGAUAAUUUUACGUGAUUUUUCAGUUUCAUUGAGGGAAGAAAAGAACAGUCUUUUGAAUGUUUCAUUUAUUAGGGUUCUUUUUUCCUUGUGUAAAGAAUGAAUUUUGUUGUGGAUGGUGGCUUCUCUAAA